UUACUAUAACAACAGUGAUAAGGGAGACAGAGAGAGAAAAAGAGAGAGAGAGAACUUCGCAUGUAUCAAUCAAACAGGCGUAGUUAGCAACGUGCUCGUUCCUUUGGUGUUUCAUUCGUUCAAAUUCUUUUUGCUGUACAAAACGUAGCACGAUGAAAAUCGAGGAGGUGAAGAGCACUGCGAAGACUCAAAGGAUCUCCGCGCACUCGCACAUCAAGGGAUUGGGACUUGACGAGAAAGGUAUAGCCACCCAAAAUGCGGCCGGUCUCGUCGGUCAGGAAAUGGCGCGAGAGGCAGCAGGCAUUGUUGUUGAUAUGAUAAAGUCUAAGAGAAUGGCGGGACGCGCCGUGUUGUUGGCUGGACCACCGGGCACAGGCAAGACUGCAAUAGCUCUUGCCAUUGCUCAAGAACUUGGUAACAAAGUGCCUUUCUGUCCUAUGGUUGGCUCAGAAGUCUAUAGUUCCGAAAUCAAGAAAACAGAGGUCCUCAUGGAGAAUUUUAGGAGGGCCAUUGGUUUGAGAAUCAAAGAAACAAAGGAAGUAUACGAGGGUGAAGUCACAGAAUUGACACCUGUGGAAACAGAGAAUCCUAUGGGUGGUUAUGGUAAAACUGUAUCACAUGUGGUCCUUGGACUGAAGACUUCUAAAGGCACAAAACAGUUAAAGCUUGAUCCCUCUAUAUACGAGUCUCUGCAAAAAGAAAAAGUAGAAACUGGCGAUGUAAUCUAUAUUGAAGCCAAUAGUGGUGCGGUAAAGAGGCAAGGUCGGAGUGAUAACUUUGCUACUGAGUUUGAUUUGGAAGCAGAAGAAUAUGUUCCCUUACCAAAAGGUGAUGUACAUAAGAAGAAGGAAGUUAUUCAAGAUGUAACAUUGCACGAUUUAGAUGUAGCUAAUGCCAAGCCACAAGGAGGACAGGAUAUAAUGUCCAUGAUGGGGCAAUUAAUGAAACCUAAAAAAACUGAAAUUACAGAUAAGUUGCGGAAAGAAAUAAACAAGGUAGUAAACAAAUAUAUCGAUCAAGGCAUCGCCGAAUUAGUACCAGGAGUAUUAUUCAUAGACGAGGUCCACAUGCUAGAUAUAGAAACGUUUACCUAUCUGCAUCGCGCGCUGGAAAGCGCUAUAGCGCCGAUCGUUAUUUUCGCCACAAAUCGUGGUCGUUGCGUGAUCCGGGGAACCGAAGACAUUGUCUCUCCACAUGGCAUACCUCUCGACCUAUUGGACCGCCUGCUCAUCAUCAAAACUCUUCCAUAUUCCAGGCAAGAGAUUGAGCAGAUAGUGAAGCUGAGAGCUGUAACAGAAGGAUUGCAAAUUGAGGACGAAACUCUAUCCGCUCUCGGUGAACUCGGUACGAAAACGACUCUGCGAUAUGUAGUGCAACUUCUGACACCCGCGGCUUUAGUUGCAAAAGUCAAUGAAAGAACCAGCAUCAAAAAAGAGGAUGUUGAGGAAGUCAAUGUGCUUUUCUUGGAUGCGAAAUCAUCUGCUAAGAUCCUCACACAAAAUCAAGAUAAGUUUAUGAAAUAAAGAUUAAUUUUACAAUAA